AUGGCUAAUGAUGCGGCAGCUUGUGCCGAGAGGGCGACUAGUGAUAUGCUGAUUGGUCCUGAUUGGGCUAUCAACAUUGAGCUUUGUGAUAUCAUUAACAUGGAUCCUAGGCAAACAAAAGAUGCAUUGAAAGUACUUAAAAAGAAGCUAGGCCACAAAAAUCCGAAAAUUCAAACGCUCUCUCUUUUUGCACUGGAGACCCUUACCAAGAACUGUGGUGAGAAUGUGUUUCAACUGAUCAUUGAGCGUGAUAUCUUGAAUGAUAUGGUUAAGAUUGUGAAGAAGAAGCCAGAUUUGCAUGUUAGAGAAAAGAUACUUACUCUGAUAGAUGCAUGGCAAGAAGCACUUGGGGGGCCAACGGCUCGGUACCCUCAGUACUAUUCUGCAUACAAUGGACUAAGGGCUGCUGGGAUUCAAUUCCCACCCAGGGAAGAAAAUAGUGUGCCACUGUUCACUCCUCCCCAAACACAGUCAAUAGCACCACCACCUGUUGCGUACGAAGAUGCUGCAAUUCAGGCAUCUCUCGAGGCUGAUGAUUCUGGUCUUAGCUUACCCGAGAUUGAAAAUGCUCGUGGCGUAGCGGAAGUAUUAAUGGAAAUGCUUAGUGCCUUGGACUUUAAGAACCCUGAGGGUUUGAAGCAAGAAUUGAUCGUUGAUCUCAUUGACCAGUGUCGUUCCUAUCAUACACGAGUAAUGCUUCUUGUGAAUAACACAGCGGACGAGGAACUCCUUGCACAGGGACUGGCAUUGAAUGAUAACUUGCAGCGUGUCAUUAGCCGCCAUGAUGAUAUUGCCAAUGGAACUGCUGCUCAAGUUGGAUCUCAAAAGACAGAAGCCCCAUUGGUGCCACUUGUUAAUGUUAACCAUGAAGAUGAUGACUCAGAUGAUGAUUUCUCCCAGUUGGCUCAUAGAUCAUCGAGGGAGAACUCGCAUGGACAAGGCCGGAAGCCAGCCAGUGUCAGGACACCGCCACGUGGUGCCACUCCAUUCCUUGCUCCGCCACCUUCAUCGAAGAAGCCAGUGAGCUCAGAGGCUGCCGCGGUUGACUAUCUCAGCGGAGACCUGUAUAAAUCUGAAAGAGGAUCAUCCCUCGACGACACAUCAGAACCACCACCUUUCUCCGUGCCAGCUCAUCUCAGACCGCGCUCCUCCUCCCCUCCAUAUUCCCCUACGUCAUCUCCUCCACGGCCUCCACCUCCUCCACCUUUUCUAAAUUCCACACCUCCCAUGUUUGCCGGAAAGCCCAUAUUUGACGAGCCAGCUCCGCGGAGCAAAUCUCCUGAUCAGCUACCUCCAGCUCCAUGGGAAUCACCAUCCACUGUAAGUCUUCCACCCCCACCAGCCAGGCAUAAUCAGAGACAGCAAUUUUUUGAUCAAGCUGGUGGAAGUAGCGGUUCUGGUUCCUCUUAUGACAGCUUAGUUGGUCAAGCUCAGAACUUGUCUAUGAAUUCGUCUACUACACCGAAGAAGGAUGCAAAGCCAGAGGAUGUCCUGUUUAAAGAUCUUGUUGAUUUUGCGAAAGCCAAGUCGUCGAGGCCCCCCAGCGAUAGAUCAUUUUGA